AUGCAGAGGAAUGACGGUCGGGACCACGAGGGCUCCUCCUGUCUGCAGGUGAAUUUGCUGUCCAAAUUUUUGCUGAUUGCGAAAUCUUGCUACGAGCAGAGGAACUUCGCGACAGCCAUGCAGAUUCUGGGAGGCCUGGAGCACCUGGCCGUGAGGCAGUCCCCUGCCUGGAGAAUUUUACCCGCGAAGAUAGCGGAGGUCAUGGAAGAGCUGAAGGCCGUCGAGGUCUUCCUGAAGAGCGACAGCCUGUGUCUGAUGGAAGGACGGCGCUUCCGGGCCCAGCCCACGCUGCCCUCAGCCCGCCUCCUGGCCAUGCACAUCCAGCAGCUGGAGACAGGGGGCUUCACCAUGACCAAUGGGGCCCACAGGUGGAGCAAGCUCAGAAACAUAGCCAAGGUGGUGAGCCAGGUGCGUGCAUUCCAGGAGAACCCCUACACGUUCGCGCCCGACCCCAAGCUGCAGUCCUACCUCAAGCAAAGAAUCGCACGCUUCAGCGGGGCCGACAUUUCCAUUUUAGCGGCAGACAACAGGGCCUCCUUCCACCAGAUCACCAGCGAAAAGCACUCCCGGAAGAUCCAGGACAAGUUACGGAGAAUGAAGGCCACGUUUCAGUAACGGGGACGGCGGGUGUGGUGGGGAUUCCAAAGCAAGGACAGACCUGGGUACAAAGGAGGCACCGCUUGCUGUCCCAGGCCCAGAAGGUCCCAGCAACGCGCACCUGCCGCUGUAGACUAGGGAGCCCGACAGCACGGCGCGGGACCCGGGGCUCAGCCUGGGCGGCGGGGUACAUGCCCGGGGGGCACCGGGAGGGGAAGGCUCCAGGGCCUGGCUAAGCCGGAGAGGACAGGCUCCAGUGGAGGUCGGGGUGUUUCUGCUAGUGUAAAACUAUAUUUAAAAAUUAAAACAGAAAUAGAAUAAGUAAACUCCCCAGGAGCCACAUACCCAUUUAUACUUCUUAGAGAUAAACCGCUCUCCCCCAGGUCCCCAGGGAUCCCGCCCCCCAAAAACCCACACCCACCCACCCUGACUCAGAGCAGUGUUUUCAUGAGUCUGGCUUAUGUCUGCCCAGCAACCAAGGACCAAAAUGACCUCUGACCCCUAUGCCAACCACAGGUUCCAGGGGUUUCCAAAACCUUCCACUGGGACCCUGAGGCUUCCCAGUGGCCCAAGCCCCAACCUGGGUCCACACUCCCAUGCCCAGACCUCCCCCAUUCCACUCAGACCCCCCCAAACCUCCCCCCACACUCCUCAGACCUCUCCUCACACCCCAGACUUUCCCUCCACACUCCCCACCUCCCCGGACCCCUCCUUCCAGACCCCCCUCUAGGGGCCCAGCUCAGCUCACCCCCAUUCCAGCCCACGUGGGGGUGCCCGAGUUUUGCAGCCCUUGCCCCAGCAGGCCUGAUGGGGUCUGUCCCGGCCCAGCCUCCUGCUGCUGGUGAGCACCUCACAGCUCCACGCUGCAGCCCCCAGUGCCCGUGGCCCCGUGUGCCCUCUGCCGUUGCCAACCCCCACCACUUAGAACAGCUCCCGGUGAGGCCUGCAAGGCUCUGCUUCCCGGCAAAGCACACAGGUCACAAACAGCAGCUCCAGAGCAGACUCAAGGCCUCGGGGCCCUGAGAGCAUCCCCCAGUCCCACCUGGUGGCCUGGGGGCCUCAGGCCUGGGGCCCGCGCCCCUCUGCCUCAGCAGCCAUGCAUGCGCUGUGCACACCUACGCCCCGGCUCCCGCCGCUUUCCUUCACUAGUGCUUUGUCCGAGCCGUGGAGGAGAUGACGUGUGCUGCCUGGAUGGUUCCAAGCGCUUCCCCGGGGCUCUGUGUCCAAACAGCCGGUGUUGGGCGUUUGCUCAGCAGGUGCAAGACGCCCCCAGCCAGAUGUACUGGGACCAGGAAGGUGUGGUCGCACCCCUCACGACAGGGAGCUCAGACCCCUGGCACCAUCCUGGGCACCAACGUUCUCACGUUGCAAAUUGCUGGGAGACCGGAGGUGGUUCUCUUGUUUCAGAAUCAGUGAUUCUUUAGAACAACCAGCUAGUGGUAUUUCUGGGAAAACUGUCACUUGUGAUAAAAUGCUGAGUCUGUAAUGUCAAGAAGGUUUCCCACAUAAACUCAUCCAAGACACUAGAACAGAAGAGGGACUCAGUGCUUCCCGCCAUGCAGAUGCGGGGGCUGGCUUUUGAAUGAGGAUUAUGUUCUACUAAACACCUACAAUCUCCGAUUCUGAGUUUAACAAAGGUAGCGUCACAGAGCCUGAAACGGAGUUAGCGUCUGGCACAAAUGCACAUUCCAGCCAUAACGAUUGGUUCACGGGAAAGUGACCGGGCUUUCAGCUUAAGCACGACUGUCGGCAUGUCGCUCGAAUGUCACCGGCACAGAUUUCUAAAUAAAAUUAUUUCUACCACGA